UUUUUCCCCCUGCGACCACUUCUUCCCUGCUGCUACCACCUGUAUAAAUAGGUGCUGCGUCCUUCCAUUCUUCCGCACAGACACAACACCCAAGAAACUAAGUAGAAAAUCCACUUCUUCCCUGAGAGACCACAAAUCAUGACCCCUCCUAUCAAGGUUGGACCAUGGGGUGGGAGCAAUGGGAGUCCGUUUGACAUCACAAGGCCAUUCGAGCGUCUCGAAAGCGUGGCAAUUCAGUUUGGCAGAGUCAUCAAUUCAUUUGGUUUCACCUAUGUUGAUGCAAUAAGCCAGAAGCACACUGUUGGGCCAGUUGACGGUGACGGCCGUGGAGAACUUACCACGAUCGAGUUUGCACCAACAGAGUAUGUAACGGAAUUCGCCGGAUCAAUUGGUGACACCAAAGGAACAUUUGUUGUGACGUAUCUCAGGAUUCGGACAAACUUAGAAACAUACGAGAUACAUGGCACAGGGCUGAACGCCCAAGCGAACACUAGCGCAGUAGAGACUGCAUUUCCUUUCAGCGUCCCUCUGCCGGAGAACACCAGCAUUGUGGGAUUCUUUGGACGUCAAGGGGACAAUCUUAAUGCCAUUGGCGUUUAUGUGAAACCAUCCAGUUCCCUCGACACAGACACAACACAGGUUGCUGCGGCCAAGAUUGGAGCAUGGGGUGGGGGUGGAGGGACGGAGUUUGAUGUCACACAGCCACCCAUGCGCCUUGAAAGCAUGACCAUCCGCGCUGGCGACUCCAUUGAUUCACUUGGAUUUUCCUACGUCGAUGAAACAGGCCACAAGCACAGUGUAGGCCCAUUUGGCGGUACCGGCGGGCAACUUGCAACGAUAAAGCUUGCACCUGUGGAGUAUGUGCAGAGACUUUCCGGAACAAUUGGUCAAGCUUUUGGCUCUGAAUCAAGGACGUUUGUGGCAUCGCUACAGAUCGGAACAAACAUCAGAACGUACGGGCCGUACGGGAGAAGGCUGACCAGCGACGAUCAGUUCAGCAUCACGUUGCCGGGGAACGUUUGCGUCGUGGGGUUCUUCGGACGCGCGGGGAAUCUUCUUGACGCCAUUGGUGUUUACAUAGCUUACAAAUCCCUCAGGCUGCCCAGGGCUCAUGAACCUGAAGAAACAUCAGGUAACAAAGAUGAAGAAACCCCAAAGAACGCAACCGUUACAGCUGCUUCCCCACCACCACUCACCAUCACUGGACAGACCGUUCCUAUCAAGAUUGGGCCGUGGGGUUCGGCGAAAAAAUCUUCGGUCUUAGAAGAGACGUUUGGAAUCUUGGGUUGGGGUGGACGCCCGAGCCCGACGGAGUUUGAUGCCACAGAGCCACCUAAGCGCCUCGACAGUGUGAUGAUUCAGUCUGGUGACAUCAUCGACGCAUUUGGCUUUUCCUACACUGAUGAAGCUGGUCAGAAGCACACUGUAGGUCCUUAUGGCGGGAGUGGUGGGAGUCUUACCACGAUCCAGCUUGAACCAUCAGAGUAUGUGAAGCAUUUCUCUGGAACAACUGGUAACUAUGUCGGAUCACCGGCUGUGGCGUCCCUAACGAUGGAAACCAACUUACGGGUGUAUGGGCCGUAUGGGAAAGAUCAGGAAAAGCAUUUCAGCGUUCCCCUCCCUGAGGACGCCAGCAUUGUGGGCUUCUUUGGAACUGCUGAGAACCAUCUUGAUGCGAUCGGCGUUUACGUGAGCCGUUUCAUCUCAAACUAGUCCGAGCGGCCACCUGCUUGAAAAGGCACCUCAAAUUAAAUAAGUCAGGACUUGCGUCCUCAGCGAGUUCAGCUUUCCAGUACUUUGUUUCAGCAGAAAUAAAGAUGAUCAUGCAUGAUAUGAGCGUGGUCUGUACUUGUUUGCCACAGCAGGGGCGGUCCUGCGGAUCCCUUGUUGACGACGGUGUAAUGCGAGUGUUUUUGUUUCAUGUCGAGAGUGCUUUAAUUUUGUUGUAACCUGUGAUGUGGAAUAAAAUUUCUGUGCAUGGGAUUGUGUGUGUUGGAUGCUGAAAA